GUGCGUCACUCCGUUGUCCAGCCCUUCUGCUGUGCGUAUCCACAACCGAGCACAUCAUGGCGUCCCUGUCCAUGGCCCCCGUUAACAUCUUCAAGCAUGGAGCUGACGAGGAGAAAGCUGAAACUGCUCGUCUGUCGUCUUUUGUGGGUGCCAUCGCCAUCGGGGAUCUGGUGAAGAGCACUCUAGGGCCCAAGGGCAUGGAUAAAAUUCUGCUGGGAGGCGGGAAAGGCGCCGCAGUGACGGUGACAAAUGACGGCGCCACUAUCCUGAAGGCCAUCGGCGUCGACAACCCAGCCGCUAAAGUUCUGGUUGACAUGUCCAAGGUCCAGGAUGACGAAGUCGGCGAUGGAACGACGUCCGUCACCGUUCUGGCAGCCGAGCUUCUUCGGGAGGCGGAGCUUCUGAUCGCUAAGAAGAUCCACCCACAGACCAUCAUCUCAGGCUGGAGGAAGUCCACGCAGGCGGCCCGUGAGGCUCUGCGGGAGGCGGCUGUGGAUCACAGCAAUGACCCGGCCCGUUUCCAGGAGGACCUCCUGAACAUCGCGCGCACCACUCUGUCGUCCAAACUGCUGACCCACCACAAGGACCACUUCUCCCAGCUGGCCGUGGACGCCGUCAUGAGGCUGAAAGGCUCGGGCAACCUGGAGGCCAUCCACGUCAUCAAAAAGCUCGGCGGCAGCCUCACCGACUCCUACCUGGACGAAGGUUUCCUGUUGGACAAGAAAAUCGGAGUGAACCAACCCAAGAGGCUUGAGAACGCCAAUAUCCUCAUCGCCAACACUGGCAUGGACACAGACAAGAUCAAGAUCUUUGGGUCGAGGGUUCGCGUGGACUCGACGGCGAAGGUGGCUGAGAUCGAGCUGGCUGAGAAGGAGAAGAUGAAGGAGAAGGUGGAGCGCAUCCUCAAACACGGCAUCAACUGCUUCAUCAACAGGCAGCUCAUCUACAACUACCCCGAGCAGCUCUUCGCUCAGGCUGGCGUCAUGGCCAUCGAACACGCCGACUUUGCUGGUGUGGAGCGCCUGGCCCUGGUCACAGGCGGCGAGAUCACGUCGACCUUCGAGCAUCCGGACUUGGUGAAGUUGGGUCACUGCAAGCUGAUCGAGGAAGUGAUGAUCGGCGAGGACACGCUCAUUCACUUCUCGGGCGUGGCCAUGGGUGAGGCAUGCACCAUCGUGCUGCGAGGAGCGACUCAGCAGAUUCUGGACGAGGCGGAGCGGUCGCUGCACGACGCCCUGUGUGUGUUGGCGCAGACCGUCAAAGAGCCGCGCACCGUCUACGGCGGAGGCUGCUCAGAGAUGCUGAUGGCCAAGGUGGUCAGCGAUUUGGCCAAUAAGACGCCAGGGAAGGAGGCGGUCGCCAUGGAGUCCUUCGCCAAGGCCCUGAUGAUGCUUCCCACGAUCAUCGCUGACAACGCCGGCUACGACAGCGCCGACCUGGUGGCUCAACUGCGCGCGGCGCACCAGGAGAACAAGACCACCUUCGGCUUGAACAUGUCGGAGGGUGCUGUGGGCGACAUGGCGCAGCUGGGCAUCACAGAGUCCUUCCAGGUGAAACGUCAGGUGCUGUUGAGCGCCUCGGAGGCCGCGGAGAUGAUCCUGAGGGUGGACAACAUCAUCAAAGCUGCUCCCAGGAAGAGAGUUCCAGACCACCAUCCGUGUUAGAGGAAGAGCGUGAUGAAGAUGGAUGACAUGGUCUUUAUUUAUCUCCACUGUGUAGUUCACGUCAGAGAAAUGCUCCUCUUCGGUGGCUAACUGAAGCACUAGCUCUUAGCCACUUAGCAUCGCUUGCAAAAGUUUGGAUGUCUUUUGUUUUGUUCACAGAAAUAAAUGAACUUUUCUGUUA